UUUCCCAGAGUGCCCACAGGGGGUGGCAUGGCGGAGAAGGAUGACACCGGAGUUUGACGAAGAAGUGGUGUUUGAGAAUUCCCCACUCUACCAAUAUCUGCAGGAUUUGGGACACACAGAUUUUGAAGUAUGUUCAUCUGUGUCACGGAAGGCAGAGCAAUGUGCAGCAGUGGAAAGCCAAAAAGAGCGGACUGUGCAUGCUGCCCAGAAACAAGGCAUCCUGUCAAAACUAGUUGAGUUCUUUAGAAGUUGGUUUCCUUUUCCACAGUAUAAGAAAGAUGAUGACAUACUUCACCGACUGGAUGUUGGAUUUCGAUUUGACACGCUCCGUACCAUCCUGCAACAGGAAGUUCUGCUGCAGGAGGAUGUGGAACUGAUUGAGUUCCUUGACCCCAGUAUCCUGUCUGCAGGGCAGUGUAAGCAACAGGAAAACGGACAGCUUCCAACGCUACGCUCCCUAGCAACUCCUAAUAUUUGGGAUGUCUCACUGUUUCUUGCCUUUGUAAGUGCACUGCUUAUGCUUCCUUCAUGGUGGAAGGAAUCAUUGUGGCUGCUGUGGGGACUAGUUCUGCUUGUCUAUGCAGUCUUUCGAGUGUGGGGCACAUGGAGGACAGCCAAGCUGCAAAUGUCCCUGCGAAAAUACUGUAUCCAGCUGGAAGAAACAGUGGCGAAUAGCCGAGCUUUUACUAAUCUCGUGAGGAAAGCUCUACGACUCAUUCAAGAGACUGAAGUAAUUUCCAGAGGAUUUACCCUUUUGCUUGACAGGGUCAGUGCCGCUUGCCCAUUUAAUAAAGCUGGACAGCAUCCUAGUCAACAUCUUAUUGGUCUCCGGAAAGCCGUUUAUCGAUCUGUCAGAGCCAACUUUCGAGCUUCAAGAUUGGCUACUCUAUACAUGCUGAAAAACUACCCUCUGAACUCCGAGAGUGACAACGUGACCAGCUACAUCUGUGUAGUCCCUUUUAAGGAGCUGGGUCUGGGACUGAGCGAAGAGCAGGUCUCUGAAGAGGAGGCACACAAUCUAACUGAUGGCUUCAGCUUGCCUGCGCUCAAGGUCCUCUUUCAGCUCUGGGUAGGGCAGAGCUCAGAAUUCUUCAGGAGGCUGGUGCUGCUCCUCUCCCCAGCCAACGCGUCCCCCAAGCCCUUGGUCUCCCCAGAACGGCUGCCUCAUCAUAUCUUGUCUGAUGUGACUCAAGGCCUACCUCAUACACAUGCUGCCUGCUUAGAGGAGCUUAAGCGAAGCUAUGAGUUCUAUCGGUACUUUGAAACUCAGCAUCAGUCGGGUUUUGAACGGCCGACCAGAACAAAGCAGAAGUCAAGAGAGCUGAACAGUCUUCAGACAGCGGUACGCAGCUUGCAGCUUCAUCUCAAGGCACUGCUCAAUGAGGUAAUAAUUCUUGAGGAUGAACUUGAAAAACUUGUUAGCACUAAGGAGACACCUGAGUUGACAACAGAAGCCCGUCACGUUCUGGAACAAAAACUAAAGUUUAUUCAGCCUCAUAUUCAGGCAAGCAACAGCUGCUGGGAAGAAGCCAUUUCUCAGGUGGAAAAAAUGAGUGGAAGAAACCCAAAUAAAAAAGGCAAACUUGAAGUUUCCUGUGACAACCUACAGCGUACUACAGUACCUGUAAGACAGCCAACCAUAUACAUAGAAAACAAAGAUCCAAUCCCUGAAGAGCAGGAGUUGGAAGCAUAUGUUGAUUAUUCAGAUACAGAGAAUGAAUACAAAAGGGAAGAUUUUUACUGCUUUUCCCAGGAAGAAAGAGAGAGACAAGAACGAGAGAGACAGGAAUCUAAGAGGGUGUUACAAGAAUUAAAAUCUGUACUGGGAUUUAAAGCUUCAGAAAUAGAAAGACAGAAAUGGAAACAGCUGCUAUUCAGCGACCACGCUGCAGUGAAACCCUUGUCUCCUGUAGAACCGCUGAAGCUACUAAAUAAUUUGGAAUCACAUAUGAAUUCAGACACAGAAAAGCAGGACUGCAGCCAAAGCUGUGAUAAAUCUGAAGAAAAAGACUCUAAUCCAAAAGUGGACGCUGCUGAUAAAAGCAGGACAGAAUAUUUGUAUGAAGAUCCUGAGAUGGGGGAAAACAAAGACAGUACUGCUGAUGAAGGUAUUUCUACAGGGGCUGAAGAAGGAAUGUGUUAUCAGCAUGAAGGGGAAGUUGAAGAACUCAAGCCGAGCAAUAAGGAUGGAGUAGAGGUUUCACAGUCUCCCACUAAGGAUGCAUUACAUGCAAAAAUCAAGCAUAGGCUGGCCCAGCUCCACAUAUCAACAGAUUUAAACUUCACAUCUGGUCUGGCUGCACAAGUUGCUGCCAGGUCUUUAUCUUUUACUACAAUGCAAGAAGAGACUUUUGGAGAGGAGGAGGAGGAGGAGGAUGAGGAGGAAGAGAAGACACAGGAGCAUGAAGGCCUUGUGGAGGACUGUGACAAUGAAGAUAGAGGCUCUGAAAGUGAAGGGAAAGUGUAAGUCUCAGCUGAACUUUGUUAAACAAACAGCAGGCAAUUUGAUGGAAAAAAAACUAAGGUGGGAGUUUGAAGAUGAAAAUACUGGAUGGAAAAAAAGGAGAUCUAAAUAUAAUACAUCUUGUUUCCUAAGUCUGAUACACUAAAUAGGACUUCUAAGUAUAUUGAAAAUUUGCAGGUAAGAGAAGUUUAGGCUGCAUCCAAGAAAUAGUUGGCUGUUCCCUUUUUAAGAUCCUAGUGGUGGGUUUUAGAAUUUACCUUUGUGUUUUCUGUUUUAUUUAUUUAUAUUAUAAGGUAUUGUGGGUUUUUGUUUCUAAAAAGAAGGAAAAACAAUGUCUUGAAUUACAACAGACUGGUUUUUUGCUCUCUGAUUCUGUUGUCAUGGUAUCAAUGUCUGUUCCAACAAAAAAGCCAGGACAUUUCUUUUGGAAGAACCUGAACUGUUCCCUGUGAUCUUCCCCCACCACUUUCGUUUCACUUCUUGUGUCUGCAGCGUGUUGGCUAAGCCACCGUAGGCAUUUGUGAUUCUGUGGCUAGUGAUGUGGCUCCCAACUGAAAUGUAGAAUUUUAAAUAAAAACUUGAAAGAGCUAGUAUUUGAUGUGUCCUGGGGUAUGGGGCUGAAAUAGUAUAAAGUUAGUCACGCUUCUUAUUAAGGUUUAUUUAGAAUUUUAUGAAGGGUUAAUAAAUGAUUUCUAGAUGUUGUAAUUCAUGUUACAGAAAUGUGUAGUAUAUGUUAGGGAGGGUUAUAAGCACAUCGGUAGAAAGUACUAUAGACAGCUAGAAGCUAUCUGUUGGAUUGAUAAUAGAUGAGAAGUAAAUACCUAUUUAUUAAAACAGCUAUUAAUUAUUUGUUAACCUUUUGUAAAUUGAACCUUAAUAUAAUUGUUUGAUUUGAUAUAAUGAUUGAUUGUACAUUUUUGUUUAUGUCUUGAAGUAAUUUUCUUAAAGCAAAAUUAUCUGAGUGCUUAACAACAUACAUUAUUUUGUUUAAACUGCAUACUUGCUUUUCCUUAAUGUUCUUUCAUUUUUCCUUAGAUCACAACUAUAUCCUGUGUGAUUAAGAAUCCAUGAGAGAACAAGAAUUGUGUAUUUUCUAAGGUGUAUCUUGUAACUUAGUUGACACUGAAGUCUGGAUGUUCAGUAUGAAGUGAUGUGGGUUGGUUUUUUCUCUGUGGUGGUGUUACGAGGAGCAGCAAACUGAUGCUCACGUCACAGAGAAGCUGGUUAAUGGCUCCACUGCCUUCUCUUCCUUUUGCUCUCUGACACAAAAUGAAGCGAAGUCUCAUGUCUCUAAUAGUGAGAGAGCUGCCUCUUUGUAUGGAAUAGUCUGCUUGGACCCAGAUACAUUUCCAGUCACAAAACACCUCAUCAGUUACUUAGGGUAUUUGUUGUCUCUUGCUGAUUCUAUAGAAUAAAGGGGUUUUUAGAUGCAAGUGGUUCGGAACAGUAUCUUUCCUAGGAUGCUGUUGUGGGAAGUGGGGAAGCUAAUGAAGGUCAGCAGGUUAGGGUGGAACUCCUGAGCAUAUGUCAGAAAAUGAGUGCUUUCUUUCAACCUCCCUCUCUUCUACUAGUGAUUUUGUAUGAAUGCUGUUAAAUAUGUGGAUUUUUUCACAGACCAUAAAGAGGUAAAUAUCAAUUGAUAAGAGAAGGGAGUAUGUGACUUACGCUGUUCUUUCACAAUAUAAUGCCUGUCUUCUCCCUCACACACAGAUUUUGGGAAGAUAAUGUUCUACCAUUCCUCAUUAACCAGUAACACUGUGUUCUGUGCCCUUAAUUUUGUGUAAGAGACUGGAAGCUGAAUGGAUGAUGUCUUGGGGAACUUGUAAAAGAAAAAAUAGAUGCUUCUCAUAGUGUAUUCAGAAGCUAAGCCUCCUCUUAGUGGUAGAGUAUAUUCUUCUGUAACCUGUAAAGUUUAGGCUGAGAUGAUGAAACACUAUUUUAUUUUCUCUGUGGUAAGCAAUUUUUUUUAUCAAGUCUAGAACAACUGCUUUGGAUAAAUUGUGCUUGAAGCAUUGUCCAUGCUUCUGAAAAAGAAGUCUUCCUCAUCCUUGACUUGAGAUCCUUGAGUUCACAAAGUGCCCAGAUAUUUUUUGUUCCUAGCUAAUCGUUCUGACUGCUUAAAUGUAUGUUCCGUUAAUAUUUUUCCAUGAACUCAUCCACCAGCAUCUCAUGAUCUGAUGUGGUGUGUCCCAGAAAUGAUACUCCUGAACUUUCCCGAGGGGAUCCAAAUUUUAGUUUCCAAUGUGUAUGGCUGUGAUACCAACCUGGAAAAAUUAUCAGAUUUAGGAUAUGAAUUAUCACUGUCCUCACAGUUUUGGAUGAAGUCAGUAGUAGCCUGAGUGCUUUGCAUUGCUACUAAAAAUAGAUUUCAGAUCUCACAUUUAUAAAAGUCGCUAGCUCUUUAUUCCUUUGCUGCAGUCCUUAGCAAAAGACCUGGAGAAUCUACUUUGGUGGCUCACUUGGGACCCAGUUUUAUAAUAUGCUGGUCUUGGUGAUGAAACUGGCCUAAGAAACCCCAUCCAUCAUUAGUUGUUCCUUCUCACCCAUCAGCUGUGUCAACACAGGUUUUUGUGGCCAUGUUAUAAACCAGCUCAUGAGUCCACUUGGGUCAAAAAUCCACCCUUCUUAGGGGUUACUUUUCACCAUUCUUAUUGCAGUGAUGCAGUUUUCAGCAUUUACCUCCAAACAGCUGUAUCAGCACAUACUGUGUUGCUGGCAUGAGACUCAGGAUUGCUCACGUUUACAUUACUGGCAAAGAUGGUGUAGUGUGAAAUUACAGCCUUGACAUUAGACACGGGUAUGAUCAAAGGAUGACUUUUUGGAGCAAGUUCUUAUCCUGCUUUGAACAAAUAGAUUUUCUACAAGCAAUAUAACUGAUUUCCAUGGUUUUACUUAAUGCAGUCUUAGAAGCUGCACAUAUGAACACCUGGGCUCACUUGCUUUCUCUGCCUCUCAUCACAUCUAUAUGUUACAGCCAUCAGGUCAUUUAUUUUGAUUUAUUUAAUAUUCUCUCUGCACAAAAAUAUGGCUAGCAGUGUACAGCACACAAAGCAUGGCUUCCCUUGAUUUGAUAACCAGGUUCCAUCUAUACAUAAAUAGUCUGUUAUAAUCCAGAUUUCCUCAUAAUUAUGUCAUUUGAAAGGACUGUGCAUACAUGCUGUAGAUUCCUUCAAGAACCUGACAGAUUUCUUGGCAAUCGUAAUUUAUUGUUGCAUUUAAAAUAAUAUAUAUGAACACACUGAAGUAUGCGUUAGCACUAAAGAGUUGUGUUAAUAUAUUGAGCAUGUCAAGGUCUGAGUGCUGUCCUGUGUUCUUUGGCUCAUUAGCCUAGAGAGGGAUUUUUGGGAAAACAGAACAUUUACUUCUUAGAGCUUUGCAACUUUUUGAAACAUGUUAAUCAGGAAAUCCAUACCAAAUAAUGGGUUAUGCCAAAGGAUAGCAGCAGCCAGAAGAGCAGAGCUAACAAUAAAUGCAUUUUCCCUAUGCCAUUUCCAAUUAGCAGCUCUGUGAAGUUGUAAAGAAGCAAGUAAUUAUAUAGGGUUAAAUAAUUUCUUCUCCUCCUGUCCUACCUGGAAGGCACUCCAAAGAUGAUAUUUGCUUCUUAGGUUGGAUUGCAGUCUAGCACUACAUCUUUUACGUCACUUAACUUUACAGCUAAAGAUCUAGGUAAAGGCUUAAAUGGGGGCAAAGACCUAUGGUAAGAAGAUUACUUGUCCCUUUUUUUAAGUGUAUGUCUUCAUGACAGAAAUGAAACAGUGGUGUAAUGGAAGCAAAUUUUGAGACCGAUAAUCGAGCGUCUUUCAAAUGGAGUCAAAUGUGCUUGUGUCAACCAUAAGCAAGAUUCACGAAUGUGAAGGCUUCUGCUAUCAGUUGCAGUAAUGAGACAGUUUUACUCCCGACAGAGGAUUACUAGACAUCACUGAAUCUUGCACUUAGUUUUCUAAAUACAAGAUGGAAUCUGGUUAAGUAGCCAGUUUUACUGAGGUUUCAGACUUUGUCCUGAGCACACCCGUCUGUGUGUGACCUGACUGUUUUACAGUAGUGGAAAUUUUAUGUGUAUCUGAAGUACAGAAUUUGCAACUGUCAUAUUAAUUUAUUUGGUAGUAAAAAAAAUCUAAAUGGUGGACUGCGUAGAGCUGUUGGCCCACACUGAACUUUGUAAUCUUGUAGUCUAUCCCUUUUUUUUUAACAGAAACAAGGGGUCAAGAAUACUAAACUGCCCUUCUUCUUUAAAGUAUUUAGUGAAGGGCUGCUGUUGCUCUGCAAGUGGCUUGUUCCCAGGGCUAAUUACUCUUUACAAUUAACAGGUUUUCAUACUGUCUCAUCUGAAAAAGCAGGCAGAGUGUGAGGAAGGCAGUUGGUCAGUCUAAAGGGUCAGGCUCCUCUGGGAUCUUGUCUGUGACGCUGAGGGAAGAGUAUGAGAAAAGGGAGAUCGUGUAGUGAUGUUCCCCAGGUUACUCCCCAACACUUUGUGGCUCAGGGGCUUCUUGAGCCAGUGGUGGUGGCUGUCAGCUUAACGGGUCCCGAUGGAAUUCUCUUCCAUGAAUUUGUUCAGGCCCAUCUUUGGUCAAUUAUUACUAGUCCCAAUGCCAGCAUGCACUCACCUUUAUUACAGUCUUUUACAAAUGAGAAGAUUUGUCAAUAGUGUUUUUUAAUUCUUUUUUUUUAAACUGAGCAAGCCCACUUCUCUCAGUGCUUCUGCAGAGGUCAUGUGUUCCACCUUUUGGUUGCUUUCCUUAGAAAUCUGUCCAGUUUUUGAAGUAUAAUGACCAAAGUGUGGUGCAGUACUACAGACGUAACCUCAGCAGUGCUGAGUAUGGAGUAAUAAUCACCUCCCAUAAAACACUCUACCAUUCAAAUAUAUUUGAGUCCAUAUAGGAAAAAAAUCUUUUCAGAUCUUUUACCCCUAGCUAUUAGGAUGACAAAUGAAAAUAUUUGGUCUAAUGGAGGAGAAAUAUUUAUUCACUGUCAGCAGGAUUUGGCUGGACAAUGUUUUUCUUUGCUAACAAAACAAAAAGUUGUUAAAUCAAAAUGAUCUUCCGAACAGCUGCCACCUGGCCUAACAAAAACUAAAGAUGCCAAAAACCACUUGUUUAAAUUUCAGCUUGACUUUUCGGGUCUCUGAUGAAUAAGCAGGUAUCACAAAAUAUAUUAUCACACAAGAAACAUGGGAGCGGAUAUAUGGAUAUCAGAGAUCAAACUGAAGGCUUCUGUGGCUAAUUUGCAAAAUGUUUGGAGGUGUGCUUUAUUCAUAUUCUCAUGAUAUGUUUUUAUUUUACCACCUUGAAUUUUAAAUGCCAAAAAAUACACUUUGAUUUAUCUGACUUGGAAAUUUGUGCAGUAAUUAGAUAAGUGAUAAUGGUCCUGUAACUGUGAUAAUAGGCCAUGGUCAUAGGUAGGAGUAAAACCUACCUACCAUGAACUUUGCUUUGUAGACCGAUACAGUUUGAGCUACAGAUCAGUAUGUAACUGUUCUUGAUAUUCUGCCUCACCUUUCACACUGCCAUCUCUUAAGUUUUUGGCAGGUUUGUCAGAAUAAAACUUGACUCAACAGCUUGAGUGCUCUGUUAGCCCACGUAACACUUCCUGAAUCAAACACAGGAUUCUGAAGAAGUGACUAUAAUUUAGUAGAUGAGGAAGAACAGUCUGUCUCUGUUACAAAGUGGCUUAUUUUAAAAGGGUUGAAUAGGACCAAAACUUGAAUACUUUCACAUGAUCAGCAUAUUUUGACCUUUAUACCUUCUCAGGUUUAAAUCUUAAAGGCCUCACGGACAGUUUGCUUUAGGGGAUGCAGUUCUAUAGCAGCUUAAACCAAUCCAGGUCCAGACUGCCAUGGCCAUGCAAUCUCAGUCCCUCCUUCAGGCUGGCUUUUGUAACCACUCAGCGGUUUUAGGACAUGGAUCUGGCUGACAGUGCACCACUGCUUUACCUUUCAGCUGGCUCCCUCAACUAAUUCAUCGUGUGGUUGAAAGAGCACUAGUAGCAUCUCAGAGGAGCAGGAGGGAAUAUAUGCCUGGGUGAUGAGGAGGAAUGCCAUAGCUGAAAUUUAAAUCAGUUUGAAUUAAUGUUCACAUGCUGUGAGUUGACAUCAUUAAUGUCUGUACUGAAGUGAGAUAAACUGAACUCCAUAUGUUGCUUCCUUCAUCUCUCCAUAUUAUCUGUUGAUUGAGGAUGAUGCCAUUCAUUAGUUUCCUCACUCAUUUUCACUCCUCCAUUUUUUUUGUUCUUCAGGCCUAGGCUGCCCAAUACCUGUUGCAUCUUACUCCAUAGAGUCUCCAAGAGCUGUUUAUUAUACGGCCAGUAAAACUGAAAUUAUCGUGCAUCUCUUUUUCUCUUUUCUGCUUAUGGUUUUCACCUUUCUGGUCCCUGUGACAGCAGUGACACCCAUGGUCCUCUCCCUUUACCACCACUCUUAACAGUUUCAGAUUUUAAAAUAAUACACAAAUUCUUUUUGUGUGUGUGUAACACAGCUUGAUUCUUCUGUAUCUUCAGCAUCUGAAUGACUAGAUCUAGAAAUGUAUACUGACUGUCCCAGUUAACUUGAGAACUGAAACAGAAGGCGGACACCAUAAUGGGGAGUACUAAUAAUGAAAACAGAAAUAAUAUGUAUGGCAGCUCAAAUUUAUAUGACGCUUUUGGUGUAUUUUGGCUUUUAUAAGUAAUUCUGGCUUACUGAAAAACACCAGUUGUGGUUUAGAAAUGACUGCAAUUCUAGUACAUGGUCCCAAAAUAAGUGUCAUUAGUUAGCUUGAUUUGCUUUAAUAUUUAAAGACUGCUUCCUGACCUUCUCCAGCUGCAUGGACGAGAACUGAAAAUAAUCUCAAAUUUCCAAAUAGAGUGACCAAUGCUUUCUGUUACUUUGUGCUAUUAAAAAGAGGUCCAUUCCUAAAAAAACAAAAAGAGAAAAGUCAGUGCUUAAUAUCUUCAGUAGUCAUUACUAACAGAGAAUCAUGCAUUUGAUCUCAAUAGAAGCACCAUAAAUGACAGCUGUUUAUAAUGUUUGAUAUCUGUGUUUCUAAAAUAACAACAACAAUAAUAAUAAUAAUAAUACGUUAAAUGUAUUAUGGGAUAAAAGCCAGAAAUCUAUAAAUUGUCCUCCAGAUCUUUCAUCCAAAGCCACAGCUGGUCAAAUUUAAACAUGUUAAUGCUGUCUGUUCCUGCACCGCUCAGUAUGACAUUGUACUCAAAGUUUUUAAUGUCCUAACGUGAGUGUUCACAGACAGUCUGCGUGCACCUAUGUUCUCGAGGUCUGCAAAGCUUGUAGAGAUCACAGAACACUGCUGAGUGAAACAGAUACAGGAGCAAGGUGCCUCGCAAGCAAUUUGGGUUUAUUGUCUCUGUCUUGCUCUAUUGCAGCAUCCAUGCCAUAUGCAAUCACACUCAUAAACUUCUUCCUUCUCAGCUUUCCUUUUCAUAGGCCACACAAACCAGUUGUGGUUUUGUUUGUUUGUUUCUCACCUAGGUUACUAUCCUAUAAUGCACCAGGUAAUAUAUCUGCAAUAGAAGCUUAAAUACUAGUGGCUGUACUGCAAAAGACAGGGCCUGGGCACGCAGAGCCUGGAGAAGCUCUUCUGGUUUGACCACUUCUGGGAAGGGUUGUACCGAGGUGAUCGACCACAGGGGUGCUGAGCUAGGCUCGAUGACUCUGCAGGUUAUCUUUCAAAGCUCCAGUUUUUGCUAGGUCCGUUCUUUCCUCUGGCGGUCUCUCUCUUCCCUCUUAGCAGUCUUCAGCUCUUCUCCAGCAUUCUGCUGCCAACUCUUUAGGAACUUGGCCGCUUUCUCCCUUCAUUUCUGAACCCCUUGUCUGAACUUAAUGAAAUGGCAGGUUAGAUGGAAUCCACACCAAGGCACUGUUGCGCAUUCCCAGUCAUAAACUCAUCAACAGAAGGAUUCUUAGGGCUGGUAACUUGUCUGUCCCGACUUUCCUUCCAGGGAGCUUUGACCUACAUUUCAGCCUGGCCCUCCUAUUCCUUCCUGGACUUCAGAACAUUCACUUCCAGAAACCUCCCUCCUUAAUGAUCAUAAGACGGUAAUGUCUCCUCAGCAAGACUGAUCCUUGAACACGUGUUCCUCAUUACAUAAGCUUACCUGAGCUGCUGUGAGUGCCUGUAUGCCCAUCUGCCCUGUCUUAAACAUGUAAACAAAUACAUCUUCCUCAACAUUUCCUGCUUGCUAAGUCUUAGCGUUUCCCAAAACGGGGCCUAAGGGCAGCAUAGAUUGCCAAGGAAACCACCGGGAAGGGAAAGAAAAGAAUCUUGAUAAGCUGCUGUUUAAUUGGUUAAUAAAUGAGAGCUAAAAUAUAAGAGGAAAUGUUUAAAAGAGCAAACUGCAAGAGACUUCUGGCAGGGCUACAGAGGGAAGUCACACGCAAUACACUCUGAAGUUUGCAGACACUGGGAAGGAUCCACAAUUUCUCUUCAGUGGGAGACAGGAAACAUUCACCAGACUGGUAGUCUUCAGCAGCUCUUAAAAACCCCUCUGUUUUAUCUACAUUUCGUUUCCCCAGAAAGACUCAGUCCUGCUGUGCUGGUGUAUCAAGCUGUAUGUAAAUCAAUCUCCGUAUCUCUUCCUUUAAGCUCUGUAUGAUGUCAGCCUCUUUCCUUCGACUGCACUGAAAACCCAUGUGGUUUGGCUCCACUGGGAGCCUCUUCUGCACCUACCCUGCCAGUUGCUGACGCUGCUUUAAACACAGUUGAUGAGAUCGGCCUCAAGCAGGUUUAGAUCAGCAGGGCUUUAAAGCAGGCAUGAAGCCUGGUGGCUGGCUGUGUUAAGGCUCCGAGAACUAAAGUUCUGGGUUGGAUGUAGGCGGUAGCAGGCAGACAUUCCUGGGUUCUGCCCUUUCUUUGUGAUAGGGUUUCUUGCCUGUGAUAUUUUCCCAAACCCUUUUGUUUCUCUUUUUCUUACUUUCCCACUUUACCUCCUUCCUUUUUCCCAUGGAUAUGAAUCAGGACUUAAAGUCAUUUCUACAUAUUUGAUGAUGUGCAUCACCAGGAUUAUUUUUAAGCCAUUUUUUAAAAAAUUUGGCUGGCUUUCCCCAGUUUCAGAAGUAGUUUUCUCAAUUGUAAUGCUAAUCGCUUUCAAAGUCUUUUUGGUUGCUGUUAUUUCUUCAGCAUCUCUACUAAAAUUGUGCCUCACUACUGCAUGUAUUGCUUUUUCUCCUUAUCCUGUAUCCCUGACGGCUGCCUAGGUGGCAUGGAUGUCGCUUAUCCAUCCUUCAAUUAGUAAUGAUUGAAUGGAAUAGGGAAUGCUUUUACAGGGAUGCAUAAAUGCUGUAUCAGCACUUUGUUUGAUCUUUUAUACAGAAGUUUAUUUAUAAUUCCUCUUUCAUCCUGAAGAUGAAAUUAAUUUUAAGCAAUCCUGGCAAUAGUUAGUUUCUGCAGUAUGUUUUGCUGGCUCCUUAGUACAAGCACUUUAGUAAUGAACACUGGUUAUUCUUGUCUAAAUAAGUGAUGACUGAAGAAAGAAAGUUUUUCUGUGUCAUAUGCUUCCAGUUGCAUCUUCUCAUCAUCUUUCAGAGACCUGUAUGCUGUGCAACCGUGUGGCAACUAUUAGCAAAAUCCCUUUCAGCAUCACAUAAAUGGCUGGGUAGGUGGGGCUUUAGGAACAGAAUAAUGUGGCAGUGGAGGAGACUGUUAGCAGGUAGAUCUUUAACCUAGGAACCGAACUUAGGUGCUCUGCAGGAGAUGUCUUCUACUUAUCUAGCUGUAUGACUCCUAAGAAACAGAGUUUCUCUGUACGCUUUGAAAGUGCCAAAAUAGCGGCAACAGUACAGACUGGCUCCUUUUAUCUGAAGCUUUGUGGCUCCCUCAUAAUGCUUAGACUUUGUUAUCAGAACAAAGGCUGUCUUUUGCUGAUGUUAGGAGCUGUGGCUGAUGCACACCUCUUCCUGUAAACUUUCCCUGUAUUGGUUUUAAGGUUAACGGCUGUUGACCGCUCUUCUCACUUAGGUCUGACUCACUCUCACCUAAUUCAUAUCCCCAGGAAGGAAAGCUUAGAGAUGACUGGGGAAGAAGGGAAAUAAUUUGAUCUUGAAAGGCAAGGGGAAGCUUGGUGAGGCAGGAGUAUUUAUUCUUAUGUAUUGAAUCUUGCUGCCUAAUCGGUGCAUAAUUUGUUGUGCAGUACAAAAGGUCUUGCUUAUUCUUUGCUGUCUCCAGGUUGGUUGGUUUGUUUUCAUAUGGAAUACUGAACAGAUCCAAUUGCUGCUGUUAGAAGGAGAAGCCUGUCUACUGAGAAGGGUCUGUAAUGUUUUCCUUUACUUGGAGAUAUUUGAAUGCUAAAUUGCCUGUGUGUAUUCUUCAUAAUGUACCAUAUGCAAAUAUUCUUCAGGAAUUGAUACUACCACUUCAGACAGUCAAUAUUUUCUAUGUAAGAACUGUACGUUUCCUAUACUGCCAAGAAUGUAUAUAUAUCUAUGAAGACUUAAGAUUGUAUCUUUUUGAGCAAGCCUCUUUCUUCAGCCAUCUGAAACUUUCUUCCUGUUUCUCGAGAUCUCUGCUAAUUUAUUAGACACUUGUGUUAUAUUGUGUACUUUUUUGUAUCAGCUGUAUUGCUGUAUUUCUCCUUUCUCUCAUUAAAACCUGUUCUUCUCA